AUGACCCGCGGCGGGCGAACAAGUUCGGUCCCUCGCAGGCCAGUCGACCUGACUAGCAACCUCUCUGUCGCUGAGAAAAACGAUCUGACAACUUUGAUCACAGCCAUUACAGAGAAGCUUCACAAUGAUAUCAGUGUCAUUUUUGAUUCGCCUCCAGUCACCCCUACUCUAGGCGACUUCAGUGACAUUGAGAAUGUCGAUAUCGGCCAUCACCACUGGCUGGCCCUGUCACUCCAGACAGAUGGCAAGGAGAAUGUAGACCCAAGACAUUCCAAUCUAAGCAAGAAUAUCCCCAAACCCGUACCAACAGACAAAAUUACAGCCCAGUCCCCAGGUAGUGAGGGAUCCGAGGCCAUCACACCUCAACUCAGGGAGCUGAAGAAGGAAGCUCUGAUAUUCUUCAGAAAGUGGCAGUCAAUCUUUCUACAGCGCCUUCGUGAUAUCAGCGUCACGGAACCAAACGGUUCUCAACCUAACAUGCGUGGCCGUGGCCGUGGUCGUGGAAGUGCACGAGGUGCAAGAGGUGGCCGUGUCGCACGUGGUGGAAGGGGAGAGAGUCGUGGAGGUCUGACUUUGGCUACUGGUCCCCCCAAGACUCCUUCCACUCACAUCGAUCGCGAGCUGUCUCGACGGUUCCCCCCUAUCCCCACCUCUCUGUGGACUCUACCACUAGAGAAACGAAAGCUUCUACUACACAUCUCACUCUUGAUUGUCAUUUCACUCCAGGAGUAUCUUGCAUAUGCGCGAAUGACUCUUCUCAACCUUACUUCAUCUCUCAACCUUCCUCUGAAAGUACUACAUGAGGAAGAAAAGAGAAUCGCACAAGGACUCAGUCAACUUGCAGUCGACUCGGUCAUCGAGCAGGCUUCACAACAGAGUCAGGAUGAGAACAAACCAGUAUUGAAGUCAAAGGCACGUAUCGCUGCCAUGACUGGACCUUUCAGACUUGGAACGCAGCUUAUUGCCGUGGGGAUCGGAACUGCCCAUGGCGGACACGGCUUGCGACUCCCAACAGCUGCAGGGCUAUUGGGGCCCAUGGCUGAUAAUGGUCCAUCUACUGGCUCAAUGCUGGGAAUCUACAGUGCGAGACCAACUUGCAAGAUGAUUGAGUCGUUUUCCCGCGAGAUCCAAGAUUUUGGCCUCAUGCCUCUUCGGUGUGAAUCCCAAGGGGACUAUAUGGAUGCAACGGCAAUUCCAUCUACCGCUCGACGCCUUCGCUUGGUCAUUGCUAUCAACGGCUGGGUAACGGACAAAGACAAUCUCACAGGAUCUUGGAAGAUCCUUGGUGACAAUGCGGAAGUGUACAUUCUGCGAUGGGAGAUGAAUGUGCUUUCCAACAUAGGCGCUGCCCUUGAGACAGUUAUCAGAAGCUCAGCUUGGACUGCAGCAAAACAGGCCAUUUCUUCGCGAACAAUCUUCAAGAAUCUCAUCGAAGCAACUUGGCCAAUGGAACUUAUGAAAGUGAGCAAGAUCAUCGAUAACCCCUGGAGCAUGGGGAUGGUUCGCGCCGAGAAAGCCGGUGCUGUUCUUGCGGACGCAAUCAUGCGCAGCAAGAUUCAAGGUGACCGCCCAGUGUCCCUUGUCGGGUUCAGCCUAGCAGCUCGAGCCAUAUACGUGUGUCUGAUGAUACUUGCUGAACGUCGCCAGUUUGGUCUCAUCGAUUCCGUGGUUUUGAUGGGCACGCCAGCUCCUUCAGAGAGCCGUGUCUGGUUGACUAUGAAGAGUGUCGUAUCUGGCCGUCUGGUCAAUGUCUACUCUGAGAGCGACUAUCUCCUUGGAUUCUUAUAUCGUACUUCCAACAUCCAUUUCGGGCUGGCAGGCCUUCAAAAGAUCCAGGGCGCGGAUGGUGUCGAGAAUCACAACGUUAGCAACCUUGCGAACGGACACUUGCGUUAUUCACUCCUUGUUGGAAAGAUUCUCAAGGACAUUCAUUGGGAGGACCUGGACCUGAACGCUUAG